AUGCGUGUUGUGGUACGCGCCUUUCGGGAAGGUGGGGCUAUGGCGGCCGCUGGAGUCGCUCCAGACAUAUCUCUGCGGGAAGCCACCCAGCGAAAGUUGCGGAGGUUUUCAGAGCUGAGAGGUAAACCAGUGGCAGCUGGAGAAUUCUGGGACAUAGUUGCAAUAACAGCAGCUGAUGAAAAGCAGGAAGUUGCUUAUAAGCAACAGCUGUCCGAAAAGCUGAACAGAAAGGAGUUACCCCUUGGAGUUCAAUAUCAUGUUUUUGUUGAUCCUGCUGGAGCCAAAAUUGGAAAUGGAGGAUCAACACUUUGUGCUCUUCGUUGCUUGGAAAAAAUAUAUGGAGAUAAAUGGAAUUCUUUUACAAUCCUAUUAAUACACUCUGGUGGAUACAGUCAACGUCUUCCAAAUGCAAGUGCUUUGGGGAAAAUUUUCACAGCUUUACCUCUUGGUAACCCCAUUUAUCAGAUGUUAGAAUUAAAACUAGCCAUGUACAUUGAUUUUCCCACACAUAUGAAUCCUGGGAUUCUGGUUACCUGUGCAGAUGAUAUUGAACUUUAUAGUAUUGGAGAAUUUGAAUUUAUUAGGUUUGACAAACCAGGUUUUACUGCUUUAGCUCAUCCUUCUAGUUUGACUAUAGGGACUACACAUGGAGUAUUUGUCUUGGAUCCUCUUAAUUAUUUAGGCCAUAACGAACUUGAAUACAGAUGUUGCCAUCGUUUUCUCCAUAAACCCAGUAUAGAAAAUAUGCGUGAAUUUAAUGCUGUUUGUAGACCUGGAAAUUGUUAUCAACAGGGUCUUGCUGGAGGUGAUACUGCCUGUCUUAAAUUAGACUCUGAAUAUGUCUACACAGAUAGCCUGUUUUACAUGGAUCAUAAAUCAGCAAAAAAGUUACUUGCUUUUUAUGAAGAAGUAGGCACACUGAACUGUGAAAUAGAUGCCUAUGGUGACUUUCUCCAGGCUUUGGGACCUGGAGCAUCUGUGGAGUAUACCAGAAACACAUCAAAUGUCACUAAAGAAGAGUCUGAGUUGGUAGAUAUGAGGCAGAGAAUAUUUUAUCUUCUUAAAGGAACAUCACUAAAUGUUAUUGUUCUUAAUAACUCCAAAUUUUAUCACAUUGGAACAACUGAAGAAUAUUUGCUUCAUUUUACUUCGGAUAGCAGUCUGAAGUCAGAGCUUGGCUUAAUGACUAUAGCUUUUAGCAUUUCUCCAGGUAUACCAGAUUGCUCUGAUAAAGCACCCUGCAUCAUUCAAAGCAUACUGGAUGCAAGAUGUUCUGUGGCACCUGGCUCAGUUGUGGAGUAUUCCAGAUUGGGACCUGAUGUUUUAGUUGGAGAAAAUUGUAUUAUUAGCGGUUCUCAUAUUCUAACAAAAACUGUCCUGCCUGCAAAUACUUUUGUGUGUUCCUUAAGCUUGAAGAUGAAUGGACACUUAAAAUAUUCAACUAUGGCAUUUGGAGUGCAAGACAACCUGAAAAAGAAUGUUAAAACGUUGUCAGAUAUAAAGUUACUUCAAUUCUUUGGAGUCUGUUUCUUGUCAUGCUUAGAUAUUUGGAAUCUUAAAGUUACAGAGGAACUCUUCUCUGGAAACAAGACAUGUCUGAGUUUGUGGACUGCUCGCAUUUUCCCAGUUUGCUGUUCUUUGACUGGUUCAGUUACAGCAUCCCUAAAGAUGUUAAAUGCUAUAAAAACCAAAUCAACAUUCAACCUGAAUAGCUAUAAGCUGGUGUCCAUUGAAGAAAUGCUUGUCUGCAAAGAUGUAGAAGACAUGAUAACUUACAGGGAGCAAAUUUUUGUAGAAAUUAGUUUAAAUAAAAAGCAAUCUGAUUUAGAGGUCUUUUAAA